AUUCCUGAGUCCCCUGAAUAUGAUUAUUGGCGGUCUCGUGGUGGUGCUGGUCUUCAUGGGGUUUGUGUGGGUGUCGCACAACAAGGAUAUACUCCGCAGGCUGAAGAAGCAGUACCCAACCUCAUUUGUAGUGGUCAUCAUGCUGUCUAGCUACUUCUUGAUCUCCUAUCUGGGAGAUGUCAUGGUGUUCAUGUUUGGGAUCACGCUUCCUCUCCUCUUGAUGUUCGUCCACGCUUCUCUGAGGCUCCGGAACAUAAAGAACAAGCUGGAGAACAAGAUGGAAGGAAUAGGCUUGAAGAAGACCCCGAUGGGCAUCAUCCUGGAUGCUCUAGAACAGCAAGAAGAUAGUAUCAACAAACUGGCUGACUACAUAUCUAAAGUGAAGGAGUAAGCAGCUGCAACGUGGCAUUUUUACCCGUUGCAGGAGUGUAGUUGCUAUUUACUAUUGUUCAAGCUUGCUUUCAGUUUGUGUUCAAAACGAGAAAUGCACGUGGUACAGAUUACUAGCUGCAGGAUGCAGGUAUUCCAGGGUCUUCAGGGCUCCUCUAAGAACAUAAGAGCAGCAACUUUUUUUCUAUUAUAUAGCAAAACGUUCUGGUGUUUACACAAAUACAUACUAACUUAAAUGUGUUUGCUUGUCUCUUCUUCCGGGGGGGGUAGAGGAGGAAACCUGUGGAGUACAGUCUCUCAAACUGUCUCGUAGCGAGUCUGUCUACUAAAAGUAACACCCCUUUCAUCUCACUUCUACAAGAUGGCAGCUUAGCCAGUUUGUGCUGGGUGGCAGCGUUCAAGGUGAGCUGGAAUGUAUCGAAAGUAUCUCUUGGAUCCUCCGAAGCCCUCUCUUGAGCAGUCUGUAU